UUGUCCGCUACUAGUACUAAUGAGGCCUUGGUGUGCCAUGUUUUUGCAUCGCUCUAAAGAUCCGCGUGAUAAGCAUCGACCAUGUCCUUCAGGUACUCAUUCCAAUCGGGCUAUUGCGAUACACGUCCUGUCAAAUUCUCUGCGACAUGGGACUCAUGGAAUCAAAGUGCGUACCACAUCAAAAUGUGCAUGUGGAUCCCGUCAACCGUCGCUCUCGCUCUAAAUACGCAGCUAACUUAACUGGUCUAAUUCACACAAGCAAUUCAAUUGUGGUUGAAGACUGAGGCGCCUUUGCACUGUGCCACACCCGACCUUACCUCAGUGCGGUGCAGCACAAUGGUCGGCCUGCUGCUGCCGCCGAUCUUUGCCCAGCUGCCAUCUUCGCGGCAUGCUUUUGAAGAAGAGAAGGGGCGAGGCUGAUGCAAGCACCUGUUCAGUCAUUAUACAGGUGUACUCGGAAACCUUCAAUCGCUUGUAAGCGCCCCGGGAAGCUAUAAGUGCAUCGUCUGGAUUCCGGAUGCCGUGCCGAGAUGCUCUCUCUCCCUCUCCCUCCGGAAAUAUGGCGAAUUAUCUUCGGUUUCACUGUGGAGAUUUCCGGAAGUAUCUGCUACACAACCGAAUAUUGCCCAUUCCAGGGCGUCCAAGAGCUAGCCGCCUGCUCCGAGGUACGAUCUUGGAAGCCGACACAUCUGAACACUACAAUCUCUCGCAGGAACACUACGCCCAGCGGCUGAAAACUUGCGUACUCUUGGUCACUGUGUGCAAGAGCUGGCAAAUUCUGGCCGCGGGAUUGUUUUAUCACGAUAUUCGGCUUCAGAGCUGCCGUCAUCUCCCAGAUCUGUUUCACGGUCUUCGACGAAUAGACGGCGAGGGCGAAUGUUUCGGUCGCUACGUGCGACGCCUCGAAUUCCACACCACCUCGUCCGGAUCUCCGAGUUGUCUUCCCUUGUCAGAAAUACUUCAGCUUUGCCCCCGUCUGGAAAUUCUCGUUCGACCCUGCCCAGAAAGAUGGGACCGAAUCAGCUGCUCAUUGCCCUUCUUGAAGAGACUGGAGUGGACUGAAACAGACAGCAACAGGAGCGACAUUCCAAGUCGGCUAUCCGGGAUCCUGAAAGCUGCUCCAAAUAUGCGUUAUCUGGCUUUGACGUCAGACAGACCAGAUGUCCUGGCCGAAAUUUCUCUAGCGCCAGCGCUGCAGACGUUGGUGUUGCACCAGUCUGAACUGGCUACGAGUCCAGCUGUGUCUAGCGCAUACAUCUCGUCUCGUAUCACGACCCUGGUUCUACACAGUGUGAUAUCCCCGGCACUUGUCUCGUUUAUAACUCCCCUGGGCCGACACUUGAAGGUCCUCGAGUUUGCGUUUGCGCCUCACGUCGCCUACUCGUCCAGUCAGAUGAACAAACUGCUGUCGCACUGCCCGAAUAUCGAAGAGCUCGUCUACCAUCUCGGGGCCCCAGAAAUCGCAUCGCUCCCCUCGCAUCUCCAGCUUCCUCGCAUCAGACAGGUGCGGCUGAGGAUCGAUCCGGAAACGUGGUUUCCUUAUAAACAUGUGGUGUGGGUCUUCUAUCCAAUGCCCGCUGGGAUCCAGACCCGUUGGCUGAAGAGGAUCAAUUCAGAUUAGCGCAGUUCCAGAUCUUGGCCGGAUCCCCAUUCCCGGGAUUACGAACUAUCUUUCUCCAUGACACGUCGAGGUCCUUCGUCCGCAGGUCGUCAGCCCCGAAAAUUCUGCAACUUAUGAAAGAGCGAGGUCUUGCUGUUGUUUAUGAAAAUGGCUGUCCCGUAGACUUGGUCUAAGAAUUUACCACAUUGCCAAUCGUAUAGCUUGCUCGAUCAAAAACCGCCCAAUUAAUGGAAACCUG